AGAACAAACCGCAAAGUCGCCAUCUAUGGAUUUGCUGUCCGGCCCGGGCCUGUGAGAGUGAGGCUGCCGGUCACUGCAGGAGCUGGGGGUACAUGAGGGGGCAGGGAGACCCCCUAGGGUGUCAUGUGACCCCCAAAUCCUCUCUCCACCAUUACACUUCCUGGAAGCUCUGAGCAGGGGUCAAGAUGAAGAUGUUUUCGGAGUCUCACAAGACGGUGUUUGUGGUGGACCACUGCCCGUACAUGGCGGAGUCCUGCCGGCAGCACGUGGAGUUUGAUAUGUUGACGAAGAACCGCACCCAGGGAAUCAUCCCUCUGGCCCCCAUCUCCAAAUCCCUCUGGACGUGUGCGGUGGAGGCGUCUAUGGAAUAUUGCAGGAUCAUGUAUGAUAUAUUUCCAUUUAAGAAGCUGGUAAACUUCAUUGUCAGUGAUUCUUGCUCCCGGAUAUUGAACUCGUGGACCCAGGAGGAUCAGAACCUGCAGGAGUUAAUGGCAGCCUUGGCCACCAUCGGACCCCCGAACCCCCGUGCGGACCCCGAGUGUUGCAGCAUUCUGCAUGGCCUGGUGGCCGCAGUGGAAGCUUUGUGUAAGAUUACAGAUUAUCAGCACGAGUCGCGGACCGAGCUGAUGGAGAACGCGGAUCGGGUGGCGAACAGAGGACGGAUCAUAUGUCUGACCAAUGCUAAGAGUGACAGUCACGUUCAGAUGUUGGAGGACUGUGUCAGCGAGACCAUUCAUGAACACAACAAGCUGGCGGCCGGAUCAGACCAACUCAUGCAGAUCCAGAAGUGUGAACUGGUGCUAAUUCACACCUAUCCGGUCGGGGACGAAAGCCUCGUGUCAGAUCGCCCCAAAAAAGAGCUUUCCUCAGUUCUGACCAGCGAGGUCCACAGCGUCCGCGCCGGCCGACAUCUCGCCACAAAACUGAACCAUCUGGUCCAGCUUCACUUCGACCUGGCGUCCACCACCAUCACCAACAUCCCCAUGAAGCCCACAAUCAGUGUCUGUGACCAGGAAGAACAACACGCCAACACUUCCGCCAACUACGACGUGGAGCUUCUUCACCACAAGGAGGCGCACUUAGAAUCUAAUGGUGAAGGGCAUAUCGGUAACAGCAAAGAGGCCACUCUUAAAGAAACGGUCACGUUAAAAUGGUGCACGCCGAGGACGAACAGCGUGGAGCUGCAUUAUUGUACCGGGGCGUUCCGGAUCUCACCUGUAGACGUGAACAGCCGACCGUCUUCCUGCCUCACCAACUUCCUACUAAACGGUCGGUCGGUGCUUUUGGAACAACCGCGGAAAUCGGGAUCCAAAGUGAUCAGUCACAUGCUGAGCAGUCACGGGGGCGAGAUCUUCCUGCACGUCCUGAGCAGCUCCCGCUCUAUCCUGGAGGAUCCGCCGUCCAUUAGCGAGGGCUGCGGGGGAAGGGUUACCGACUACAGGAUUACGGACUUUGGGGAGUUUAUGAGAGAAAACCGCCUCAUGCCUUACCUGGAGACCCGCUAUAAGCUGGACGGCACGGUGGAGAUACCGCUGGAGCGGGCGAUGAGCCAGCUGGAGAGGCAUACCCGUUACUGGCCCAUGAUCAUCUCCCAGACCACCAUAUUCAACAUGCAGGCGGUGGUGCCGCUCGCCAGCGUCAUCGUGAAAGAGACCCUGACAGAGGACGACGUGCUGAACUGUCAGAAAACCAUCUACAAUCUGGUGGACAUGGAGAGGAAGAACGACCCCCUCCCUAUAUCUACUGCCGGAACCAGGGGAAAGGGCCCGAAGAGGGACGAGCAAUACCGGAUAAUGUGGAAUGAGCUGGAGACUCUGGUGCGGGCGCACAUCAACAGCUCGGAGAAGCACCAGCGGGUGAUGGAGUGUCUCCAGGCGUGCCGGAGUAAGCCGCCCGAGGAGGAAGAGCGCAAGAAACGUGGCAGAAAGAGGGAAGAUAAAGAGGAGAAGGCGGAUAAAGGAGGGAAGGACUCCGACCAUGAGAAGAAGUGGACAGAGUCGGAGCGUAUGAAAUCGUCAAUAGAUAAAGAGGAGUUGAUGGAGACUGAGGUGAUAAAGGACUCCCCCGAUUCUCCGGAGCCCCCCAAUAAGAAGCCUCACAUCGCAGUGGAAGACGUGGCUCCUGUAGAGAAGUCUAAAGGCCCCAUGUCUCUGCUGUCUCUGUGGAGCAACAGAAUAAAUACGGCAAACUCCAGGAAGCACCAAGAGUUUGUCGGGCGCCUGAACUCUGUCAACAAUAAAGCGGAGUUAUACCAGCACCUCAAGGAAGAGAAUGGUUCUGAAGCCAACGAGAACGGGAAGACCGGCAGACAGUGAGGAGACCAUCCGGACACCCCCUCUUUUUAUGAACUGAUUUUUACACAUUUCUCCUCUUUAUACUUGUUUUUUUUCUAUCAAUUGUAAUUAUGAAGAGGAUUCUGGGAAGACUCUGCAAUAUUUUAAUAUGUAGGGGAGAAAAUGCGAAACAGCAAGCAAAAAAAUAAAUAAAAAGACGAUGACCCUGUUUAUAUCAAGAAAAUGAAUUUGGUUAAAAAUCCACCUAUCAAAAAUAAAAAGAAUAAAAAAAU